UGGAUUUCCGCGUUGUGCUUGAACGCACCGCGUCGCGAGCAGGAAGCGUUGAGACUCGCGGGUUAAUCUCCCCUCGCGCUUCACAGGUAUUCGUACUAAUUACCUCCCCUAACACCCCGUGUACGUCCAGGGUACCAUACCCGAACCCGACGUCGCUGGGGAAUCGAUCCGCUGUCGGUCAGGUUCAGAUCGGGGGUGUCGAACACAACACUCCCGGCGGGUAUCGAUCCCGGGAGUCGAGUCAAGUGUAGUGUGCCAACAAUUAACAACACCUCAUCCUCGGCUGUCAGUCACGGUGAUCCGCGGAGAGACCCGGGUCCGAUGCUCGACGACGUGAAACCCGGGGACGUUACCGGACAGGAGGGUACAUGUUAUCGGUCGACUGACCGGAGACCUACCGGUGUUCAAGACAGAGGAACGGCGGUACAUUAACAGCCACAGAAUGCCAGCCGGAGUGUGUGGGUGCUGCGGGCCCCUGAGGCCCCGCUACAAGCGCCUGGUAGACAACAUCUUCCCAGAAGACCCCAAAGACGGGUUGAGUAAGUCGGACAUGGAGAAGCUGACCUUCUACGCCGUUUCGGCGCCGGAGAAGCUGGACCGCAUCGGGGCCUACCUGGCAGAGAGGCUGAGCCGGGACGUGGUCCGGCACCGCUACGGGAACGUGGUGAUCGCCAUGGAGGCCCUGGACCAGCUGCUGAUGGCUUGCCACUCCCAGAGCAUCAAGCCCUUCGUGGAGAGCUUCCUCCACAUGGUGGCAAAGCUGCUGGAGUCCCGGGAGCCAGACCUGCAGGUCCUAGGCACCAACUCAUUUGUGAAGUUCGCCAACAUCGAGGAGGACACGCCCUCGUACCACCGGCGCUACGACUUCUUCGUGUCCCAGUUCAGCGCCAUGUGCCACUCCAUGCACGAGGAGCCCGAGACACGCUCCAGGAUCCGGGUGGCGGGUAUCAGAGGCCUGCAGGGCGUGGUGAGGAAGACGGUGAACGACGAGCUGCAGGCCAUCAUCUGGGAGCCGCAGCACAUGGACAAGCUGAUCCCCUCCAUGCUGUUCAACAUGCAGGACGCCCAAGACCUCGACAGGGUGGGGCACCCCGCCAGCCCCUCGGUGGGGGGCCAGGAGCCCGACCCGGACCACCAGGAGGACCCAGUGGUCCUGGCUGAGAGCUGCUUCAGAGAGCUGCUGGGUCGCGCCGCGUACGGGAACAUGAACAACGCAGUCAGACCGGUCCUGGUUCACCUCGACAACCAUCACCUGUGGGACCCGAACGAGUUUGCCGUUUCCUGUUUCAGAAUCAUCAUGUACUCCAUCCAGGCGCAGCACUCCCACCAUGUGAUCCAGCAGGUACUGAACCACCUGGACACCCACGGCCGCAACACGCCCCGGGUCCGGGCCGGCAUCGUCCAAGUGCUGCUGGAAACCGUUGCCAUCGCCGCCAAGGGCUCUGUUGGCCCCACAGUGCUGGAGGUCUUCAACACGCUGCUGAAGCACCUGAGGAUCAGCGUGGACCUGGAGCUGGGGGAGGGGCCUCGCCGGGCGUCGGCCGCCAGCGCGUCGUCAGGGCGAUUCAAGGAGAGCGAGGAGCGCAUCGUCCAGAACGCCAUCAUUCAGACCAUCGGGUUCUUCGGCGGUAACCUUCCUGACUACCAGCGUGCGGAGGUGAUGAUGUUCAUCAUGGGGAAGAUCCCGGUGUACGGGACACCCUGCCACUCCAUGGACACGGUCAGGAUAGGACACCAGGGCACCAAGAGGAUCCAGACCAUGCUGCUGAGCUCCCUCAUCAUGGUGACCUCCGGGUUCAAGUCUAAGACCAUGGUGGCGGCCCUGCCCCCCCCCUUCCUGGAGCCGCUCUUCUCCAUCUCCCUGAUGGAGGACAGCGAGCUGCGCCAGCUGGUCCUGGAGAUCCUGCACAACAUCAUCGAUCGCCACGACAACCGCGCCAAGCUGCGCGGCAUCAGAAUCAUCCCAAACGUGGCCGCUCUGAAGUUCAAGAGAGAAAAGAUCUCGAAGCAAGACGUCGCCUUCAUGAAAAAGCAUGGCCAGCAGCUGUACCGCCACAUCUACCUGGGCUCCAAGGAGGAGGACAACGUCCACAAGAACUACGAGCUGCUGUUCACCACGCUGGCCGUGCUCACCAUCGAGCUGACCAACGAGGAGGUGGUCAUCGACCUCAUCCGGCUCGCCAUCGCUCUGCAGGACAUGGCGCUGGCCAAUGAGGAGAGCAUGCCCAUGGUGAUUCGCUGUGGCAUCAUGGCUCUGGUGGCGGCCUACCUCAACUUCCUGAGCCAGAUGAUCGCCAACCCGUCCUUCUGCCAGCACGUUAACAAGGUGGUGGAGCUGAGGAGCCUGGACGCCCCGCAUCUCCUGCCCGAACACAUCUUCAAAGACAAGUGUCCCCUCCCGGACUCUCUGGACAAGGAGGACCGGAGCCUGUACUUCCAGACGCUGGACAUUGCAGAGUGUCUUGCGGGACCAACGUACAGCGUGGACCGGCUCUCCAUCUCCUACGUCCCCCAGGUCACAGAUGAAGACCGCCUGACCAGGAGGAAGAGCGUUGUGGACACCAUCUCCCUCCAGGUGGACAUCCUGCCCAACAACCUCCCUGAUCAGUCCCAGCUGGCCGAGGAGAUCACCUUCGAGACCUUGAAGAAGGCCAUAGACACCACAGGCCUGGAGGAGCAGGAGCGGGAGAAGAGGCGUCAGGUGAUCGAGAAGUUCCAGAAGGCUCCGUUUGAGGAGAUCGCUGCUCACUGCGAGUCCAAGGCCAACAUGCUGCACGACAGACUGGCCCAGAUCUUUGAACUGACCAUUCGGCCCCCCCCCAGCCCGUCCGGAGUGGUGUCCGUCUCGGCCGGCCACCCCCAGCACCAGUCGGUCCCGGUCUACGAGAUGAAGUUCCCCGACCUGUGCGUCUACUGACCGGGGGACACCGUCGGGACCAUCUGGAGCCCUCUAGAACCUUCUAGAAGGACCCAGCCAGACUGAACAUUCAAGAACCUUUAGAGGCGGGAACGGCGGGGAAGUGCGUUAAAAAGGUCUUCAUUAAUCGGAUCUAAUUGAAUGCAUUGUAAAGCACCAUGACCUUUGCCCCCCCCCCCCCUCCCCUUUUAGACCAUCUCAUCGCCGCAGGUACCGUCUAACCCAGCACAACAAAAACCCAAAUCGGUCCUAUUUUCAAUGUCAGUUGGGUGUCGUUGAGGGGUUGGUUUCUUAAAUCGUAAUCUUUUGAAUCUUAUUGAAACCUCUUAAAACGAUUUAAAAGGCCAUGGAAUGAUGAGGCCUUCAUCAGCACUGCUCCACGCCGUAACCUCAUGUCACUCACACACAAACACAGCGCACAGUGGUGAAUUGAACCGGCAGAUUCUCAGAGACGGUUGUUAGUGUGUGUCCGCGUCUUGUACACGGUAUAAAUAGGAUCAGUUCAUGCCGUAGUCUUAACCUUCUGCUGAUGUAUGCUAGCUAGCUCCCCUUGGGCCUAGAUACCCCUUUGAGCUGCAGUUCCUCCGUCAGCCUCAAGGAGUCUCAAGUUUCCCUUAAAUUAAACAGAUCAGCAUCGCUCUCCAGCGGUCGCUCUCUAUCUCAGUGCCCCGAUUGGUUUUAUGGAGUUGAAACGACAACGGGAGAUCGGUAGAUUCUGUGUAAGAAUGUCUUCAACAAAAUGUUAUGGCGUUCCCAUAACAGACGGAGAACCAACAGAUCAAUAUCUCUGUCAGGAGAACCGACAGGUUAGUGUCUCCAGUAUGCUCUCAGCCCUAAGAACCCAACGCCUCCUCAGGCUCCGAGUGUCCAUGCCCCCCCCAGCGUCUAGCAACCAUGCUAUCGGACUAAUGCAACUACAGUGUACUGAAUGGAGUGCCGCUAGGCUACGUUAUGGCUAGCUUGUCUAUUGCCAUCAGCUAUGCCACGGCUAAUGAUGUAGCCACCUACAAUGCUAAGACUAGCGUCGGUUGUACAAGAAAAGCCGCCAGCGAGAGAACAGAUGCAGCGAACUGGUACUUGUGAUGCAUUGUGGGUAUUAAAGUUUAUAAUAAUAUAAUGGGGGUUUUGUGAGAGAACAAUAAGGUUUUAUAUAAUUGUGUCCUAUAUUAACGCCGUUUGGCAAGGCCUGCACUUUGGGAGAAUACAGCCACUAUGUUCAAGAGGAGUUAUAGCAAUGUUUCAUGAGAGGCGUGUGUAGAGUAUUAAUAGUAUUGUAUAUUACUCAUAGGAAUACUGCUUCGGAUUAAGCAAUAGUGCACGAGAUAUUUAAACUAACUUUUAAAUAUCUCUGGCGUGCAUUUCUCCCAGCCAAUCGCGUUCCACUUGCCUCCGCAGUGGUCGUGGAACCAGAUACUACUAUCAGUCGUGCCCGUAUGGUCCCAGCGUACAUUCCCCUCCACGCCUCCCCGAUGCAGUGCACAUUGAUCUGUCAUCGUGCUCGCUGAGUCUGAAGGCAUGGCGGGGCUACGUGCUCCCACUGCAGAGCUCCCACUCUCAUGACUAGAUUCCCAGUCCCCUGUGUAGCCGUGGUGACGCCUUCAUGCAUAUUACCUGUAGUGUGUGUGUGUGUGUGUGUGUGUGUCCCAUCCGGACACCAAAACAAUUCCAUUGCCAAAGACGAGGCCAGCUUCAGUUGGGUUCUCUCACUUAAGUGUGGAGCGCCGGAGUAACACUUACACACGUACACGCACGCACACGCACGUACACACACACACCAGCAGGAAGUACCUUUAUAAUCCCUCAUGCUGAGCGCUAUCUGUGUGUGAAGCUGUGCCUGUGGAAUAGGAGAAGCCGUCUGGUCUUUCUCGACUAUCAAGGCAACGCUGUGUGUGAGCGUGUUACCCAUGAUCCUCUAGUCGUCUCUUCUCGUGGCUCUAGCGAUUGUUAGUGAUUUCAGCAGCUGAUCCAGUUCAAAGCAUGUGUUCAGUAGUUUGAACCUGAGGCCGGUUUAAUCCGGUUUAAGUCUGGUCUCGCAGGUAGACGCGGGGGGGGGGGGGGGGUUAUGUAGAUAAAGAAGAUGACAGGAAACAGAAUGUGGAAAUGUUUGGGCACAUCCAGGUAGACAAGAGAAGGUGAAAGGUUUCUUUUGGUGUCUGGUUAACAAAAAUAGGUUUGCUUUGGUCGACUUGAUGAGAUGAGGGUUUCUAUUGGCCGUUCAGUCACCAGGAAGGUAUGGAAAGUUUAUAUUGGCUCUAUGUGUAAGUUUGUUGUGUGUGUGGAUAUGUCAUGAGACUCGGUGUUUAACAGGAUGAGAAGGCAGAGGGGGAGACCGAACUGUUUUUCAGAUUGAUGUCCGCUGUGUUUUAUCCUUACUGUGAUAAGAUGUAGGGUCGUGUUCUAGGAAUCCAUGAGUUAUGUGAUGCUAGGAGUCCACUAGCCAGACCUACCCCUAGGGGGCGCUGUAGUGUUUUCACAGGUUCUAUCCACUAUGGAUUUUAAUAAUCAAACUAGUUACCAUAUUUACAGUAGGUGAUGGUGCAUCCUUUAAAUGUGUUUAUGCGCUUUUACCUUGGCUGAGGGUUCAAAUGUUGUUCGCCACGUGAAUACACCGUUCUAAAAGAGUUAGAUGUUCUAUUUUUCUAUAGUCCGUGUUCAUCGUCGACAUGCCUGCUAGACAUCGGCAAGCUGGUCUUUUCCAGAGUGUAGAACAAAACACAGGUACGCUUUUACUUUGAAAUCCAUCAGCAGUGCUGGCAUCCUUGUGGAACAUCAGCCGAGAUCAGUCAAAAUGCUUGGAGUCUUUUAAUAUGAAAAGUGUUGUGUGUUGACCGCUCAAUCCUCUCUGUUGGGUUGUUCAUCGUGUGAGCAUGUGUCGUAGUUCCUCAAGUACGAGCUGUGAUUGACAAACACUGCAUUAGUUCUUAUCGGUUCAUGUAGCUGUGAAACACACAGGUCUUAAAGGCACACAACAGCCCUGGAAUCUCCUCAAACAUGGACUUCAAAACACCUCCCUAUAGCUCUCAAAGCGACUCGGAUCAGCGCAGUUUGUCGAGUCCGACUCUCAGAGUUUGAUUGGUCGGCCACUAGCCCCGCUUGGCUCUGAUUGGCCCACGAAGCUUCGUUAAACGGGACCGAUUCACCUCUCAAAGGGCCCGGUGGUUCUCGGUGGAAAGCCCGGUCUGCUGUCUGGAAUUCCAGGCUGUGAUGAAUAGAUUUAGAUCUGACAGAAAAACACACGCUCUUAUUUUGAUUUCACGGCGGGUGCUAAGAUACUCAGCCCUCGGCGACAAGAGCACAACGCUGAAUACUAACGAGUGUUUUCAGUUCACACCUCGUGGUCCGUCUGCUCAGUGGAGACUACUGAGAUACACAUGAACCAGCAAUUGAUUUUCUCUUGCCAAAGCACAGGCUAACCCACAGGCUAGCUAAAGGCUAGCUAAUGUUAGCAAGCGGCUCAUAGGUUGAAUUAUAUUACCACUCAGCUGUGCUAGAUGUAGAUUAUAGAUUCAUAGCAAAAAAAAUACAGUCAUAAAUACUUACUAAUAAAGGUGAAUAAAUAUGGGAAAUUGUGAAUGAUUUAGUGCACUUUGACCGUUGUGUUUCCGGUGAUCUGAGGACUUUGAUGAGUUCCCUUUGCUACGUUGUGUCAUUUUACGGACAGUGUUACGUACAGCAGCAAUAUUGUGAUCUCUCGUUCAAUACCACGUACUAUAUAUAUAUAUGCACUAUUUAGAACCAUACUGCUCCAACGUGGUGAUCCAUUAGGCAUCCAGUCUUAGCGCGUAUCAUACGGAGGUUCUGGAGAGAUUACUUGACGGUGAAUUAGCACAGACACGACUCACUGCCUCAAUAAUGGUUCUGGUUCUGUGUGGACAAAUUAGUAGUGCUAGUUGAGAACUAGUCAAGAGGAACUCGAGCUCUGACCUGGAGCGGGGAGAAGGUACUUUAGGUUGUUUGGGGAACUGGACUUCUGCUCUUCAUUCUUCUUGUUCGUGGUUGGUCCGUUUUGUAGAACAAUUCAUUGUAUGUAUUUUCAUUGUAUUCAGCAAUCAGAAUAGUGAUGAGUCUCAAUCGGUUUCAAGGUGUGUGUUUCAGACCCCCGUUGGGAGGAUCUGAACUCUUUCUGUUUGAUGCAAGAUAUAUUUUUUAAAAGCUAGUUCAUUCGUUCGCUCACGCCUCAAUGAUGCAAUUCUCGGACUGUGCGCUUUUCAAUUUGCCAAUUCAAAGCAGUCCACUGGGAGGGGCCCAGUACGUCCCCAGUGCUGUACUGGUGGGUGGGUACCAGCAGUGUGUAGAUCGAUUGUAAACGGUGCGAUUGGUUGGGUGGCGCCACGGUUUGUUAUUUUGUCGCACGCUUGGACAAAGUAUAUGACGUGUUUAGAGGACGAUCAAUGGUGAUUUCAACGCUAUGUUCCGCUGUGAAUUCUGCAUCAACAAGAAUGUAUCUGAAAUCAAAUAAAGUAAAGUCUUUCUAUCAAACCAGUCCCGGUUUCCUGUUUCUUACAACAAUGUGCUCACAGGGUGACAAACCUCAUGUUUAUCAAACGUAAACUGCAAAAUAACUAAUAUCUACCCGAUAACGAAUAAGUUACUCCCCAAAUAAAAUUAAUGUGGAAAUGUAAAAAUCCCCCGUAUGA